CCAACACUACGUUGCGCUACGUCAUAAUAACAAAAAAUUCAGAAAUGGCAGAUCUAGACGAGGGAUCUGAAACAGUUUCAGCAUUAUUUGACAAAGGAUUGAAAAUAUACUAUUCAUUAUGUGAUACCAUGGAUCCGUCAAACAGCCCUGAAUACCAGACAAAGGUUAAAAUGUGCAUUCACAUAUUGGAAGAUGCAACGCGACUUGUUAGCGCCCUAGGACUUUUCAGUAACAACGAAAAUGUCGAAGAAGUUGCAACUAAUGACCUGAAAUUCUUCUUGUUACCGGUGCUUCUUGGGGACCUAAAUCUAAAGCUUAAUUCAGAUGAUCGACUGAAUAUUCUUAAUGUCGCUGAAGUUUAUUUUCAAGACUUUCUUCAGAGAUGCAAAGAUUAUUCUGUUACUGGGCUAGACAUCCCAGACAGAGAUGAACUUGUGAAAUUUGAAGAGCCACCAAGGCAUCCUGGCCCAAUGGGGUUUGAAGAAAUGGCACGACAAAGAGAAGAAAAGAUCAGGAAAUUCAGGGAAGCAAAAGACUUGGAAUCAAAACUAGUUGAAUUGAAAAGGGCGCUUGAAAAUCCUAGUUCUGAUGAAUCCACAACGCGUGAUUACUACAUUCUCCUGAUGAAAAAGUUCAUUUUCUCAACAAUUGAAGAACUGAAAUCUAUAUCGCAGGAAAAGCCUAUUGUUGAGCACCUGAUGAAAAUCAGAAAAGAAGGUCCUGAUGCCAAAAAACUACCACCAUAUGUUAGUAAGCCCCUGAAACCCAUCAUCAUCACAAGGGAUGCCAUGCAGAAGGCAGUUUAUGGAUUAGGAUAUCCUAGCAUUCCCGCAAUGACAGUGGAAGAGCUUGUUGAUCAGCGAAUGAAGGAGGGUUGGUAUGGAAAGUUAGCUGGAUCAUCCGGCAAUGCGCGCUCCCUGCUAGAUGAAGCGAAAAACACAGAAAUGGCUGCUUUACAGGCAGAGAAAGAAGAAUUUGAGAAAGAGAGAAAGGCAGAACGGGAUGAAGAAGAACAGCUUGCUCGUGCUCGCCAAUUUGACGACUGGAAAGAUGACCAUCGAAGAGGCUACGGAAAUCGGCAUAAUAUGGGUUGAAUCUCGUUUUCGGAGAACAAAUAAAUACCAAUUUUGCUUGU